AUGCUCGCCUUCGUGCUGGUGUCCGGCUCGCUGUGGAUCCUUUUGGAGCUGAGUUCGACGCUGAUGGAGAAGAUGCAGGCCCGGGAGAUGCUAAGCGGCCUGAGGGUGCCCAACAUGGACUUCUUCAGCUCGUCGCCCACUUCCGCCUUGGUGGGCAUCGGUGCCCUCACCGCCCUACUGGCCUACUGGCUAGCCACCAGGCCUCGACCCAUCAAACCCCCGUGCAGCCUCCAGCACCAGUCUGAGGAGGUGCCGCAUGAAGAUGGGGGUCGCAGGUCCAUGAUGGGAGACAGUUCUAAGCUACUGACUCAUUACCACGACGACGCUAGGACAAUGUACGAGGUCUUCCAACGAGGCCUCCAUAUAUCAGGUGAUGGGCCUUGCUUGGGCUCACGUCUUCCCAAUCAGCCUUAUAAGUGGAUGUCCUAUAAAGAGGUGACGUCCCGGGCCGAGCAUCUGGGAUCGGGCCUUUUGCACCAGGGCUGCAAGGCCAGACCGGACCAAUUCAUUGGGGUCUUUGCUCAGAACCGGCCCGAGUGGAUAAUCGCGGAGCUGGCCUGCUACACAUACUCCAUGGUGGUGGUGCCCCUGUAUGACACACUAGGUCCUGAUGCCAUACGCUUCAUCAUCAACACUGCCGAGAUUUCUACGGUUAUCUGCGACAAGGUGGACAAGGCGCAAGUGUUGCUGACUAAUGUGGAACGCGCAGAGACACCACCAUUGCGCCGUAUCGUCCUCAUGGAUGCCCUAGAUGUCGCGCUUGUGGAGCGCGGACGUGGUUGCGGUGUCCACGUGCAGGCCAUGCAGGAAGUGGAGGCGCUGGGCAGAGAUAACCAUCGAAAACCUUUACCGCCCUCACCACAGGACCUUUCUAUUGUAUGCUUCACCAGUGGGACUACAGGAAACCCAAAGGGAGUGAUGCUCACCCACGGAAACGUGGUGGCUGAUUUCUCUGGCUUCCUCAAAGUGACCGAUAAAGUAAUUUUUCCCAACCAGGACGAUUGCCUCAUUUCCUUCCUGCCGCUGGCUCACAUGUUCGAGAGGCUGAUUGAGUCGGUGGUUUAUUGUCACGGGGGGCGCAUCGGCUUCUACCAGGGCGACAUCCGCUUGCUCCCAGACGACAUGAAGGCCCUUCGACCCACCAUUUUCCCUGUGGUUCCCCGCUUGCUCAAUCGCAUGUAUGACAAGAUCUUCAGCCAGGCCAACACCCCGUUGAAGCGCUGGCUUCUCAAUUUUGCUGCUAAAAGAAAAAGCGCUGAGGUCAGUUACGGCAUCAUUCGCAGCGACAGUGUUUGGGAUAAAAUCUUCUUCAGCAAAAUUCAGGCCAGCCUGGGUGGGAGGCUACGGAUGAUCAUAACGGGGGCAGCCCCAACUUCGCCCAGUGUGCUGGGGUUCCUCAGAGCAGCUUUAGGAUGCCAGGUGUACGAGGCGUACGGGCAGACGGAGUGCACUGCUGGAUGCACCUUCACCACACCCGGCGACUGGACACCAGGUCACGUGGGCGCACCGCUGCCGUGCAACCUCAUCAAACUGGUGGAUGUUCCAGAAAAAAACUACUUUGCUGCCAAGGGAGAGGGAGAGGUUUGCGUUAAGGGACCGAACGUGUUCAAGGGCUACCUCAAAGAUCCCGAGCGGACCGCCGAGACACUGGACCCGGACGGCUGGCUCCACACCGGCGACAUCGGCAAAUGGCUCCCCAAUGGUACGCUGAAGAUUGUGGACCGAAAGAAGCACAUCUUCAAGCUGGCUCAGGGCGAGUACAUCUCCCCUGAGAAGAUAGAGAAUAUCUACAUCCGGAGCGAGCCCGUGGCUCAACUCUAUGUGCACGGAGACAGCCUCCAGUCCUGUCUGGUUGGGAUUGUCGUACCAGACCCAGAAGUCAUGCCAUCCUGGGCCAAGAAGAAAGGGAUCUUAGGCACCUACAAGGACCUUUGUAAAAACACAGAACUUAAAAAGGCCAUCCUCGAGGAUCUGGUACGUCUAGGCAAGGCCAGUUCUCUGCACUCAUUUGAGCAGGUGAAGAACAUUUACAUCCACAGCGAGAUGUUCUCUAUCCAGAAUGGCCUGCUUACACCCACCUUGAAGGCCAAGCGGCCUGAGUUGCGGGAAUUCUUCAAAGAGAAGAUCGAGCAGCUCUACAGCACUAUCUCCAUGUGA